CACAUUUCCAGCUCUGUUUUCUAACCUCUGGUCCGUUAACCUCUCAUUCCUCAGAAACUACUCUAAACGGUGAGCGUUGAAAAUAUUAAAAAAGAAUGACUAAGCAGAAUGUGGUGGUUACUGAGGAUUGCACAUCGUGUACCGGAAAAGUUAGAGUGGCCGCGUCGAAGUCAGAACUGUUCUUGCCCGCCAUGACGGAGCCGCUGGCUGCACUUGGUGGCCGGCACAUCGCCAUAUGCCAAAAGCAGCUCUUGAAGAGUCUUGAAACUGGAGGAGGAGGAGCCAGGGCCAGUGCCUGGGUUGAUUCGGCGAGAUCUUCCUCGCCUACCCAAAUCAAAUCCACGGCCUCUCCGCCUGAAACGGAAGAGCAAAGCUCCUGGACUCUCCGUUAUCCAAUAUCAGCAUUAGAGAUUUUUGAGCAUAUAAUAUCAGCUUCCAAGGGAAAGCAGAUUGUGAUGUUUCUGGAUUAUGAUGGCACCCUCUCUCCGAUUGUUGAUGAUCCAGAUCAAGCAUUUAUGUCGAAAGAUAUGAGAGAAGCUGUAAGGGAUGUUGCUGCAUACUUCCCCACGGCCAUAGUGAGUGGGAGGUGCAGGGAUAAGGUUUAUAACUUUGUAAGGUUAGCAGAACUAUACUAUGCAGGUAGCCACGGAAUGGACAUCAAGGGACCAUCCAAACGUCGAAAAUGGAAUAAAGGAAAUCAAGCAGUCAUCUUCCAAGCUGCUACUGAGUUUCUACCCAUGAUUGACGAGGUGUGCAAAACCUUGUUAAAAAAAACAAGUUCCAUCCCAGGAGCAAAGGUGGAAAAUAAUAAGUUUUGCCUAUCCGUACACUUCCGCUGUGUUGAAGAAAAGAGAUGGGCUGCAUUAACAGAACAAGUUAAGAUGGUGCUCAGUGCGUAUCCUAAACUUAAACUGACUCGAGGGAGGAAGGUGCUGGAGAUCCGUCCAACCAUCAAGUGGGACAAGGGCAAAGCCCUCGAAUUCUUGCUGGAGUCGCUAGGAUAUGCCAAUUCUAGUAACGUUUUGCCUAUCUAUAUUGGAGAUGACCAAACAGACGAGGAUGCGUUCAAGGUUUUGCGCGAUAGAGGGCAAGGGUUUGGGAUCCUUGUUUCUAGAGUUGCCAAGGAAACAAGUGCCACUUAUUCUUUGCAAGAACCAUUUGAGGCAAGAUUUUCAAUCCAAAUUAAGAUGCAUGCAUGCACUAAUUUUGUGUUUGAUCUAUCUUAA